AUGGACAACGAUAUGGAGAGAUUUGGCACUACUCGCCAAAAAGCCAAGUACUGUGCCUUCCAUUUCUUUCAACACAUCUAUCGGGCAAUGGUCAAGCUAGGCGUAUUGCUUUUGCCAAGCUGCUAUCUAGAUGGCUUAAGAGGUCUCAUCUCUAUCCUGAUUUUUGUCCGCCAUUUCUCUCUUCCGUGGCAAAAGCAUAUGGAUUACGGCUAUGGAUAUGAGAAUUACUAUGGAAUACUUCGCUUGCCAAUCUUACGCCUCAUGUAUGCUGGUCCAUUGGUGCCCAUGUUCUUCAUUGUUUCCGGCUUUCUGUCUCAAGUAGCAGCAUAUGAGGCUCUUUUUCUGAGUUUGUCAAAGUCGACUUUUCGGAGAGCAAUUCGUCUCUUUUCUCCACCUAUUAUUACAACCUUUUUUGUCAUGGUACUUGCCCAGCUCGGGAGGUUUUCCUUUCCAUAUUCCGAUAUGCCGGGUAGGCGACCAGUUCAUCCUGUAGUUCAGAGUUCAUUUUGGCUUCAGUUUCUUCGCUGGACAAAGUUCGUGACUGAUGAGCUGGUUAAUCCAUGGCGAUGGGAUGUCCCACGCCUAGAGUACGGCCCUCAUCUCUGGACAAUACCAAUAUCAUACAAGGGAUCAUUGGUUGUGUUUCUUUUGUGCCUCAUGCUCGCACGCGUGAGGCCGAAUGUCCGAUUGUGUAUACUUUGCGGCCAAAUGGCAUAUGCCAUUAUGCAAGGCCGCUGGGAUAUCGCACCUUUCUUGGCUGGGAUGGUGUUAUCCCAACUUAGUCUUUCUCGUUCAGCAGACACACUUCCCCAAUCCAAAAACACCAAGAAUCACCACUCUCUGGGUUAUCUUGGAGACAUAUUGGAUUUUCUAUUGCUACUGUUGGGCCUAUACAUUGGAUCGUUUCCCCGACACAACCAGGCAACAGACUGCGUCCUUGGCUAUCAGUUUCUGUGCGCCAUUACCCCCAAUUAUCGAUACUGGCAUGAUAUUGCUGCUUCUAACAUUCUAUGGGCACUAUCUCGGCAAAGACACCUUCAAGUUCCUUUAAGCUCUGCUACAGCACAAUACUUUGGUAAUAUAUCUUUCUCCAUGUACCUCAUACAUGAGCCAAUAUUACAUAUCUUUGGGUAUUUUACUGUUCCGUUCUUCUGGCAAUUUACCGGAACAGACUCAGUUUUCCACUAUCAGCUUGGAUUUGGGCUCGGUAUGGUUGUAACCGGGUUGUCCUAA